UUUUUUCUCAUUACACAGCUGAUAAAAGCCGUCACGGCUUUACCGGCUUGAUGCGGACUUCGGAACAAUGUGAUAUCAGGUCAGAUGUCACCGAUGCUAGCCGAUAGCAUGAUCAAGUUGUAAAACACCAUGUGAUGCCGACGCGAGUAGCUCGGCCCGAGGUCACUGUUUUUUUUGCUCUAAUUGCAAUAAAAUUGCGUCGUUGAGAUCGGCCAGUCGCCGAUCGGCGGUCUGAUGCAUAGUAUCCGUGUUUGUAGUGUAGUGAAUAGAAUAGUUGUAAGAAUGGUUUCGACUAAGAAUAGUUAUGAGGACGCAGUUGGUAAAUUAAACAAGUUGCAGUCGAAUAAAUCGACAAUAGAACAGAUAAGGAAGGAAAAGGCUGGACAUAAAUGCACAAAUGUAGAAGACAUGGAAUAUUAUUUGAAGAGGACGGGUGUGUCUCUAUCGAAAUUGGACGAAAUGUCUGUGAUACACGUCGCCGGGACCAAAGGGAAGGGUUCAACAAGUGCGAUGUGCGAGUCGAUACUCCGUAUCACGGGUUCCGCACAGGUUCUACUCCUCGCCGCACCUCGUGGCGGUCAGGAGCGGAUACGGCUCGACGGGAAGGUCGUCUCCGAAGAACAGUUCGCGCAUUACUUCCACGAGGUUUACGGGAAACUGGACUGCUAG